GUCUGCACGAGGAAACACGAGCAGGGAAGUAGGAGGCGUGCGAGUCGGGCAGGCAUCUCACGACACUCGCAAGGAGACAGCAAGCUAGAGCGAGGGGUUGUACCAAAUGGCCUCGCAGGACGACGGCCCAGAGCAAGCCGGUGGACAGCUCGGUCAGGAGUCGCCGGUGGAGACCCAGGAGAGGGGCAAGCGAGAAAUGGAAGGCGGGGAGAGUGCUAGUCCGGGAAAGAAGCUCCCACAGCCGGUGCUCUCGCAAGAGCCGACAGCGCCGCCGCGGCGUGGACCGUCGCCGCCUCCGUUUGGCAUGCAGCCGGCGCGGAAGGAGUCGGGCCUGCUCCGGCUAGUGCCCGAGUCGAAGCGAAUGCGGUCCAAGAAGCGACGGAACAGGAUCACAUCACUACCGCCGGGCAUGUCGCUGGAUCUGGGUCUUUCGGGCAUGCUCAACUCGUCGAUUGACUCGGUCAACAUCUUAGGUAGCCGCAAAGCCAUCGAGCCGUCACUCGAGCUGGCCGAGUCGCGCCUUCUGACACCGCUCGAGUCGGCGCGGAAGGACGUGCGCGAGCUCAAGGUCAAGCUUGCAGAUGCAGUGGCCAAAGCCUCGCUCGCCGAGUCCAAGGCUUACUACUAUAUGAGCAACGAAACGGCGCGCCUGGCCACUCUGGAGGAGGCCAAGGAGGCUGCUCGGCAGGCCCGCGUUCGCGAGCUACAGGCGAUGGCAGCGGUGGCGACGGCGGAGAGUGAAUCCGCUGCGCUCCGCGCGCGAAUCGAGGAAGAGUCGCUGAUGGAGACAGACCCAGUCGUUGCGCUCCGCACCCAGCUCGGUCUCGUCACGGCGGCGUACAACGAGAUGCGCGACGAGUUGCAGGCGACCAAGCGGUUUUACAAGCGAGAGCGCCAGUUGCUUCGCGAAGAAAAGGAGCUCACUAGCGAGCUCAUGGCUGCCAUCCGCACGCGCGACCCUUCGUACUCGCAUCCGUUUGGAAACUCGCGGUCUCGGAUCCGCGAGGUCGCUGGCACGAGCUCGACCGAUGCCUCCAAGAAGGCCAAAAAGUCCAAGAAGCAGAAGAAAAAGGCCAAGAAGGCACUCGGCCGUGGCCGCAUGCCGGUCGCUUUCCUCCCGCAUCGCGCAGUCCGCGCCACGGAUGGCGGCCUCGAUCGCGCACCCCCGCCUGUCGCCGACGCUCACCCGCUGCCUCAGACUGACUCUAACGACAGCGGCGCCGACUCAAGCGACUCUGACUCGUCGUCAUCGUCGGUCUACGGGCCAAGGGAGGAGCCGGCCAUGGAACGGGUCCGUGCUCAGGCCGUGCCUGCCCUGGACCGCACCUCGUCGGCAUCAGCACUCAACACAUUCGCUCUCUCACCGCGCUCUGGCGACGACGAUGACGAUGAGGAGCUGGCAAGCUCACUUCCGGAUGCUGCGUUGUCGCAAACCUCGCCGGCCAUCACAUUCUCGCUCACUGUUCCGGACGAAGACGCAGGCCCCGGCUCGAGCACAGACGACAUUGCGCUCGUUAUCCCCUCGCCGCCCGGUGCUGAUGGCGAUUUCGCAGCGUUUCCCACAGGGGCCAUUCCGGCCGGGCACGUCGAGAGUCCCGAAAAGGGGAAGAGUAUGGGGCAAGGUAAGGAGAAGGACAAGGGCAAGGACAAGGACAAGGCUAAGAAGAAGAAGAAAGCCAAGGCCAAGGACAAGGACAAAGCCAAGGCCAAGACCAAGCCGCGGCGGAUGGCUCCGGUCCAGUUCCGCAAGGUCUCGCAUCUCGACUGAUGGGGCUCUUCCAUGCCUGUAAAGGACGACGAUUCCUC